UCAGACGCAAUCUCGACGUCAUCUGCGAGAAUUUGCUCGACCUACUGUACAAUGGGCCGAGCAUGGAGGCUAAGAACUACGUGGCCAAGUGCCUGGGACGCAUUGGAUAUGUUGCCGAUCAAGAUUUCAAAAGAUACAUGGAAUGGGUGUUUAACAAGUACUCCAGUGCAUUGGAGUAUAAGGAUAGCAACAACAUCAAAUGUUUACUCAUAAAGGCGUUUGGUGAAACCCUGAAGCUCGAUGCAGAAUCACCAAAGUUGAAAGAUCACGCCAUGACGGUAAUGUCGCAGCUGCAAUCAGCUUUAGAAAACGUCGACCGUCCGGAUCUGCUGGUAGCUACGGUCGACUCGAUCCUUCUGAUGGUCGAGUCCUACCCGGACAGUUUCAACGGCCACUUUCGCAACACCGUAGACAUCCUGGUCGGCUGGCACAUCGACUCCAUCCGGCAAAAAUCGGUGGUAGCGUACGCGAGUCGCAGCCUGCAGCGCCUUUCCAACUUUUGGAUCGCGGAUCUGCCCUUCACGCUCACCCUGCUUGGCCAAUUUCUCGAAGACAUGGAGAACUACGACGAGGAGCUGUCGCUGCCCAACUCGGGCAGAACGUCUCCCGGUAGUGGUGGCGGCGAGGUGGACGAGGCACCGUGUCCGAGGGACUGUCUAUUGAGAAUCACGUCUGUUAUCGCGGUUUUUAACACCGUCAUGCGCUGCAUCAAAGAACAUCUCAGUCCGAACUUGACGCCCAGUAUGCAGUGGUCUUUUCUCAUGGACUGUCUGUCCAAGAUGCUGAAGAUGGUCGUCAAGGCGGUCGAGCUUGAUGAUUCCGCGGAAAUUUUGAACAGCACCGAUGUUGGACUGUCUCAGGAGAACAUUGACAGUAUAACGCGGAACAUGAGAAACAUGAACAUAUCUCAAAAAAACAUCGAUACGUUGUUCCGAAACAUGAGUAAGGAUGGUGACAUGAACGAGGACAGCCUCGUGAAGCUGAUAAAGUAUCUGAACUUGAAGAAAAACGACAAGAAGAACUGCAAGAUAAACGACAAAGAGCGAACUCUGACGCUGUCCAAGGAGAAGGAAGAAUCUCUGAUCAACUUGAUCAAAUCCAUGGAUCUAAAAUUCAAGAAGAACUCUGAUCUAUCUGACGAGAAGGAGGAGCUUGUCGUUGUCGCGAACGAGUGUACGUGCCUGUUGCUCGGCUAUCUCCAAAGCCGCGUGUCGAAAAACCACGAUCUUCUGUACAAGUUCAUCGACCUCCAGCUGCACCGAGUUGACAUAUUCUGGGACGACACGAUAGUCUCGAUGCUCAACACCAUCUCAAAAGUCAUCAGGGAAGUCUCGGCCAAUCUACCCAUUGACCUGGUGCACAGCCUAUUGGGUAAAAACACGGUGCUGUCGCAAUUGCGCUUCCGUAGCUCUGUGGUCAUCCAAAAUGCGGUGCUCGGCGUCUAUCACAGCCUGUUAAGCUUGAAGAACAUACCGUUGCUACAGGAGGCCUAUCGGUACAUACUUGCUGAUUUGGAAAACGCGUUCAACAUCGUUGCACCGAUUACGGAUGUGCCACUCGUGUCCGAUAAUCCGUACACCGAAGUACAGUACCAGAGACAACACGCCGAGAUCGUGAUUGUGUUUUUGCUGCGCGCUCUGUCGGAUAUUGCCAACGCAAGUAAUUCGAUCAUCGGAAUGUGGGCGUUGAAGCCAAGCAUCUUGGAAUUGCUGGCUGUGAGGCUGAAACCACACGAUCCGACCCUAGCCCUUGAGAGUCCCCUAUUGCAGUUCCAUAUACUGUUUCUCCUGUACACGCAUUGCUCGAGGUAUAAUCAUUUCGUGCCGAGCUCAAGUUUGAUAACAGGCACCAGCUCCUGCCGCCCGCUAGAUAUUUUCCCAGGCACUCUGGAAGUGCCCACAGUAUCUCCCACAAGUGGUCAUUUGUCCGUGAUUUUGAAUCUGAUAGCGAAAAGCAUCGAGAAUGAAAAAACGCCCGAUCAAACCUUGCUGCUGCUGCUCGACUGGAUACAAGAGAUCUACGGCCAGGCUGAAAAUUACCUCGGAGUGCUCAGCAAAACCAACGAAUGCCAAGCCGUCAUUGCGAGCUUGUUAGUCUGCGGAGCUUCCACGAAUCACAAAAUAUCCACAGCCGUGUGCAAGAACUUGGACAGUUUGAUAAAAGCGAAGCAAGUCUCGUGGCCCGACAAAGUUUACGCGAACAUCGUCGAUCUGGCGAUACUCCACCUGACCUCCUUCUCCGAGCCUGUUCGCAAAAAUUACAGGAAACUGUUGAUGAACGUCCCGUUGAACAUCGUUCUGUCAAAGUUGAACAAGGCUGGUUUGCUGGCAAAUUACAAGAAGCUCAAGGACGUUCAGAACUACUCGUCCGAAUCUCUGGUGUUGUCGCAGAGACUCCACAUGCGUAGGAACAACGGGGAACUGCAAGCACAGCACUUCAAAACCUACAUGGCCUUUCUCCUGCAGGAAAACUAUUUCGAUCCUCGUGGCUUGUCCGAAAUUUUCACGCUCUCUUGGCCCUCCGUAUGCGACACCGUAACGAUGACCAAAAUGUACGAGUUUGCGCUCUCGAAUUUGUUCUUCCUGUACUUUUGGGGUGGCUUCGAGGCAGCCCAGCACUGUGUCCUGAACAAACUUCGCACGCCACUGGGCAAGCCGCAGGAUACCUUCACGACCAUCGAGGGCGCCCUCAAGCAGCUCGCGCGGGAGAUAUCCUACGCGGCCUGUCCCGAAAGCACCUCGAAAAAAACCAAGGAUCUGGAUCAGCUUCUGCACGAGCACACCCGUGUCAGGCUGCUCGUCGAGUUUCUCGAGCACCUCGAGCGCGUCAUCCACAAUGCCGCGGAAGGCUGCGCCGUCGCUCUCAUGCCGCACUCCAAACCCGUGCGCACGUUUUUCCACACAAACAGGUCCACCUGCAAAGAGUGGCUCAACCGCAUAAGACUGGCCCUGUGUGUGGUGUCGCUGCAUGCGGGUCUGGCGCCCAGUGCACUGAGAAACGGCCAGCGUUUGCUCGAAGAUCUCAGCGCGGCCAACAACACGCAGGGCACCGAGUUCGAGAGAGCGACCCUCUGUACCGCUCGAGCCAUGGUUAUGCUGGGCGAAGCCGAAGCUCUUCAAGGUUUGUACAUGUACACAAAGGACAAAGAUCGUAAAUUCAUUUGGUUGAAAGCUGCGAUGGAAGAGGCGGCUGGCAAGCAUGAACUGGCCGCCGAAAACUACCGCCAGAUCCUCGAGGACAAACUUUUGUCUCGGCCCAAGGAAGAGCCGGACAACGGGGAGAUUCGUCCGAAAAACGACCCUGAAGAUUCUCAGGUAGUCGUGUUCUGCAUGGAGCGCCUGUCCAAGUGUUACCAAUCGCUGGGUGCGUGGUCGCAGCUCGAGGACUGGAAGUGCCGCGAGACCGAGAUUCUCGAGCAGGGAAAGAGCACGAGCCUGCGCAAGCAGAUGUUCGAGAACGUAGUGCCGCAACAAGCAACGUGUCUUCGCAAAUUCGAGGAGGCCGAGGAGCUGUCGUUGGAGGAGCUGUCCAACUGGACUCUGCUGGAUGAGAAAGCGCGCAUAAACUGGAGCUGCACGAAAACGAUGGCCGAGUGCUCCAAUACCCUGACGAACGUCGCGCUCCGGCUUCACGCGGACGACUCGACGAGCCACAAUUGGUACGAGAUGAUCGAAAAGUGCCAAAAAAUCGCGGCGAGAAGCAUGGAGGAGGGCCUCAGGAAUAUGCCCUCCGAGUACCUAAACUCCGCCAUAUUGCUGCAGUACUCGGCCGCCGGGCUCUUGGAUCUCUUGAGCAACGAGUCGCGCAGCUGGGCCAACGUGUUCGAGCUCUCGGCGGUCGACAAGGUCAGCCAUUUGAGCUCGAGGGUGCUCACCCAGGUGCUCUGGUGGUCGGACUACUUCCGUCGAGCUGACGGGCGUUUGACCGUCGACACCACGAACGAGGUGAACAGUUUGCGGCUGCACGUGGCGCACAGCGCGCGCAAGGAGGGCAACUUUGGCCUGGCGCAGCGCGAGUUGGGCAAGUACUUUGCUUCCGAGCAUGGGUUUGGGACGCGCAGCUGUGUGUUAGACGACAUCGUUGGGGAUAUAUUGAACGGCUCGAUUGUCGCGGCCGAGGUCGACUGGACGAAGAACAACAUGAGAGCGUUCAGGGAGACCUCGAAAUUGCUCAAGGACAUGGAGAGGAGCGAGGAGGCGCUCAAGGUGUGCAGCGUCACGGCCCUCGGAAUAUCCAGAAGCAUCGUCAAUGCCGGGGAAGAGGAGACGUCUGCCGAGCUCAGGGAGGUCGGUACCGGAGUUCUGCUGACGCUGGGAAAAUGGAUACAACAGGAGGCCAGAGUUGACAACAAUCCCCAGUUGGACGAGCUCAUGUGUUUCGAGUCGUUGCACAACGAUGGCCUCAUGGACAAGCUGUUCGGCAAAACGACCGAGCUCAUACCCCCUUCCGACGUGAUUGUCGGCAAAGUCGUUCAGCUCGGUGUUAACCAGUGCCCGGAUUUACCGGCCGCUUGGUCGAACUUUGCCGGCUGGUGCUACAAGUGGGGCCGUAAGAUCGUCGACAAUUCGAACAGCGGAUUGCUCAGCGACAUCGACAAGACCAACAUACAGUCUUUGCUGCCUAUCGAUAUCAACGAUGAUGAUUUCAAUGCCGUGCUCAUGAUUCUGGGCCAGAAGAACAGAGUCGUGCCCGAAGACGAAGGUGACAUCGACACGAGCGACAUAAAUACAUCCGAGAGCAUCGAGAGCCUCUUGCGUAGCGUACCGAUUCUAAGUUGCGCCAGCAGCGAACACCUCGGGAUGCUGGUCGAUAUCUGGCGACAAGCGCAGUCGCGAAUCUACGCUUACUACGAGCUGUCAGCCAACGCCUAUUUCAAGUAUCUGCAAUUAGCCAAGGAUGCGAACGACUGCGAGACGAUAACAGCAACGUUGCGCCUGCUCCGCUUGGUCGUGAAACACGCCUCGGAGUUGCAGAACGUCCUGGAGUCCGGUCUGUCCACCACGCCCACCGGUCCGUGGAAGGAAAUCAUUCCUCAGCUGUUCUCUCGUCUCAGCCAUCCGGAGUGUUACGUGCGAACUCGCGUCACCGAAUUGCUGUGCCGCAUCGCUGAGAACUCGCCCCACCUCAUUACCUUCCCUGCCGUUGUCGGCGCUGUGUCUGGAAAACAAAGGAACUUCGAGGGCGCUGCUUACGGAAAGAACAGCGGCAGCGACGAUGCGCCGAGUGACGUAGAUUAUUUCCUAGUCGACGAUCAGGACUACGCUCAAGAGGCCAACCAAGGCUUCAUGGACGUCUGCUUCGCCCAACUGACCGAUUGUCUGUCGAACAGGAUUCCCGACUCUGUCGAUCAGGUGAAAAUUUUGGUGAGAGAGCUGCGGCGAAUCACCUUGUUGUGGGAUGAGUUGUGGCUCGCCACUCUGUGCCAGCACCAUUCGGAGAUCACGAAGCGCUUCGAGCAGCUCGAGCUCGAGGUGCAAAAAGUCCAGGACAACAUUUGGCUGACGCCCGAGGAAAAGGAAAAACUUGUAGCCGAAAAGCACCGGAUCAUACUCAAGCCCAUCGUGUUUAUUUUGGAGAAUCUCUUUUCCAUGACCUCGGUGCCGGCUGAAACCCCGCACGAAAAGAAUUUCCAGGAAAAAUUCGGGCCGUUCAUCGAAAAAGUCAUCGACAAACUCAAGAGUCCGAAAAACCCCGCGAAACCGCAAUCGGCGGCCUCGCUUUUGAAACAGUUGGAGACUAAAUUGGCCCAAAAAGUCCACAAACGCGCCUACUCCCUCGCCAUGUCGGACAUCAGUCCCACACUAGCCAAAUUCAAGGAUACCUGCAUCGCCAUGCCCGGCAUUUGCACGGCAAAUAUGGUGACCAUAAAAUCCGUGGACAAUCACGUGCAAAUCCUACCAACGAAAACGAAACCAAAGAAGCUGAUAUUCCGCGGCUCGGACGGUCAAGUCUACACGUACCUGUUCAAAGGCCUGGAGGAUCUGCACCUCGACGAGCGUAUAAUGCAAUUUCUGAGUAUCUGCAACACAAUGAUGUCAAAGGCCAGCGACGACGACGGCGUUGGCAAAAAGGUCUACCGAGCACGCCACUACUCGGUCAUACCGCUCGGGCCACGCUCGGGUCUCAUACAGUGGGUCGACGGUGUGACGCCUCUGUUCGCGCUCUACAAGCGUUGGCAGCAGCGCGAGAGCGCCAUGACCAACAAGGCUAGCGGCUCGGCGGUGCUGAGGCCCUCGGAGCUCUUUUACAGCAAACUCACGCCUCUGCUGAAGGAGCGCGGCAUCGCGACCGACAAUCGCAAGGAGUGGCCCUUGCCUAUCCUGAAGCAGGUGCUUUCCGAGCUCAUGGCCGAGACGCCCAAGGAUCUACUGGCCAAAGAAAUCUGGUGCAACAGCUUGAAUGUCGGCAGCUGGUGGCAGGCGACCAAAAAUUACUCGUACUCUGUGGCGGUGAUGUCGAUGAUUGGCUACAUUAUCGGCUUGGGUGAUCGACACCUUGACAAUGUACUCGUCGAUUUGAACACCGGGGAAGUCGUGCACAUCGAUUACAACGUUUGUUUCGAGAAAGGAAAGACCCUGCGCGUACCCGAGAAGGUGCCGUUUCGUAUGACGCCGAACAUCAAGACCGCACUUGGUGUCACUGGCGUUGAGGGUAUAUUCCGCCUGGCGUGCGAGCACACGUUGCGCGUGAUGCGCCGAGGCCGCGAGACCCUGCUGACCCUCCUGGAGGCGUUCGUGUACGACCCCCUCGUGGAUUGGCGCGCCGGUGCGGAGAACAACAGCUUGGUGGCGAGUUACGGUGCUUGUCAGGCGCGCGCUAGGUGCACCGGCUCCGGGCGCAAACAGCUCGAGCUCGAGCUCACCACCGCGAUGUUUGCCGUGAGGAUAGCCGAGAUGAGGGCCGAGUGGCUCGCCAACAAGGAAGAGCUUGCCAAGAGCUUUCCCGCCCUCUGUCAUCGGCUCAGCAGGUGGAUCGAAGCGUGCGAGGCUUCCCGUCAGUGUCAGGACGCCCUGCAAGAUCGUCACAGGCAACUGGCCCUUGUAAAAGAAGCCCAAGCGAUGGGUCGCAAUCACGCGCUCUACAGCGUGGCCAAGCGCUACAACGCCUUCAAGCGCGCCAAGGACGUCCUGGAGAAGGCCAAACUCGGACUGAAGGAACGCGUCGACGACUGCCAGAAGCAAAUCACCACGCACAACAUUGCCCUGAGCGCAGUUCGAGGUCCCCAAUUGGGUCUCUGGUUGUCCGAACUGAACAGCCAAACCAUCCAAGAGGACCACCUCGUGUUCGACCUCGUGAAGGAGUUCCUACAAAACGCUGGCCAGAGUCAGAUGAUCGUUCAAUGCGAGCAAUCGGAGAACGAGCUGACCCAAUUGGCCGUCCAGCAAUCCAUGCUGAUGCGCAACUGCCUCGACCUGCUCAGCCAAUACUCGGCCAUCUGCAACCUGUAUCCGCUCAGUCACCUGAGCCAGCACCGCACGGUCGCUCACCACAAUUGGGCCAAUAAGCUCCUGCACACCGGCACCGUCGACACCUGUCACGAAGUUUUGGCCCAACUCGAGACCCACUUCUCCCCCGUCGCCGCGACCAAUCCCAAGGUCCAGCGCACCGUCGCGUUCUCCUACCAGGUACACGCCAUCCUGAACGAGGCGAACGACAAGUUCAGCAAGGCUUACGAGACCAUGAUAAACCAGGGCCUCCCGGAAGCACUCACCAGGAUCGAGAAGGCUUACGCCGAGUCCAAGGUCCAGAUAUCAUCGUUCCUGAGAAGGGAAAAGGGCGCGGACAGGGCACUCGAGUGCGUCGUUAUCUCUUUGCUGUGUUCGCUCAACAAAAAGUACCUCAUGAUGGAGGGAGCAGCCAAGUGCGCGGGCGACUGUCUGGUCGAUCUGACGUCUCGCGAAGGCGACUGGUUCCUGGACGAGAUGCGUUUGAUGUCGUCGCUGAUAAUUGAGCUCGUCUCGCUCGUUCCCGAGAACCACAAGGCCAACAACGAGCCGAACAUCGACUUUGUCACCAAGUGCCUCAAGAGCGCCGACAGCAUUCACAAGGGCCUGCAGGAGUUGAAUUACAAUUUCCACACGAUCAUACUGCCCGAAGCGACCAAGACUAUCAUCACCGAAGAACCGACCGUCACGCAGAUGGUCAACGAGUUGGACGAUAUUAUAGCCUCGACUGGACUGUCAUUGAUGGAAAUCAUGGAACAGCUAGAGAUGCACCUCAGAUUCACGAUCAUGGAGAUGGAGAGCCCGCACGCGAUUAUGCAGUCGGUCGUGGCUACUCUGAGAAUCCGUUUCGAGGCUCUACUGUCGCGGCCAUCGGAUCUCCAAGAAAUCAACCAGGAGGAGACCCUGACCCCCGGUCAGAUGCUACUGAUGGGCUUCAACGGUCUGUUCGAAAAGCUGCAGAUGGAAGGCAACGCCCUCAUCGGGACCCUCAGUUCGCUCGAGAUACCCGUGAGCUGGAAGAAAAUCGACCAGAUUCGGGACGCCAAAGAACUGGCGGCUCCCAUAUUCAACGAAGCGGCGCGACAAGUGCUGGACGACAUAUUCUUGGUCAAGCGCCUGCACACGAUCCAAAAGUUCUUCUCGAUGUGCCGAGACAUAGCGUUCGCUUAUCGCGGCGAAACCGCGAGCAUUUUCGAGGGCGGCUUACUCGGAGUCUACAACGACGAGCAGCUGAACAAACCGAUCCGCGUGUUCACGGCCGACUACGUGUCCCGUCAGUUGAUUGGCGUCACCUCGCAGUGUCUCGGUAUAGCCCUGUGCUAUUUGCUCCAGCGCAUGGGCCUGAACGUGACGACGGAGAUCGAGCAGCGGGACAUCGGUGCCGAGAGCAAAGUGUCCCUCGAGGAGUUGUGUCGGAAGCUCGUCGAGAUGGGCCUGAAGCGCGGCCUCUUCAUCGGCUCGGUGCUGGCCCAGGCCAACGCUCACAGCAACACCUUGGAGAGCAGCUGGAGGCGCAAGCAGAGCGCCAAGGCAACCCAGCAGGCGGUCGACGUCGCCCGAGCUACCGUCCAGCGACUCCAACUGCAGCUCACUGCCCAUUACUGGCUCCACGAGGAUUACCUGCUCAUCGGCAUGAACAUGAACCCCAUCAAUCCGCUCAAUCGUCCGUCGUUUAUGCUGGAGCUCCGGAAAACAGCGACCGGCCUGUCAAACUUGCAGGCGCGCGUCAACGAGGCGCGCGAACAGCAGCAGAGCCUCGUGACGAGCGCCGUGCAGCGCUUGAAGUGGGCAGCCGGUGCGAAUCCCGCCUUGACCGAAGUCAUGGCUGCCUUUGACAACGCGGUGAUCACCAGUUGCGAGAAACUCGCGCGCAUGGCCAAUCUGUCGGCCAUCGUCGUCAAUACCUCGAACACGAUAUUGCAUUACGAGGCGUUGCGCACGAGGACCCAGGAGGGACUCGCCAACGACGCCAACUUCGUGAAACUGAUCAAGCGGUGGGAGGAAAGUUGCCUGCUGACGAUAAACCUGACGAUAUCGGUGUCGCCGGUUGAGGAGAGCCUGGUCGAGUUGUUGCACAUUGGCAUGGACAACAGCAUCGACGCAAACUGGCUGAGGCAGACCGAGAAGAUAAUUUCGGACGCGAUAGUCGAAGCGCAGAAGAAGAGCCAGGAACGACAGGAGGACUUGGUCACGAGCCAGCAAGCCCUCAGGGAACAGGUCGUCGUGUUGCAGUCCAUCAUCGCUGAGCACCAUAGGCUCAUGAACGACGUUAGAAUGUUGCUGAGGAGCAUGGCCAAGCAGGAGAACAUCGUUGGACUGCAAGAGUUCCUGAUGAGUUACAGAUCGUGCACCGAGAGCCUCUCAGCCACGAUCAAGGAAUUGGAAUCCGAUAAUCUGGAUCCCAUCAAGGCUGCCGUGCUUAACAUGGAACUCGAGGUAUUGGCCAUCAAAACACCCGCGCUUUACGACGAGCUGCUGUCGUUCGCCAACGAGACUACCAACGAGCAAAACGUGCCCGAGUUUUCGUUCAACAGGAACAAGCUCAUGAGGCAGGACAGCGUUUGCUUGAGCCCGAGGAAAACCAUCACACUGGCGAGAGAUCCAACGACUGGCAAAGCUGUGCAAGAGCGCAACGCUUACGCAUUGAACGUGUGGCGACGGGUGCGGAUGAAACUAGAGGGUCGCGAUCCGAAUUCCAGCCGCAAGUACACGACCUCUGAGCAGGUAGAGUACGUGAUACGGGAGGCCCAGAGCACCGAGAACCUGGCCCUACUCUACGAAGGCUGGACGCCCUGGGUCUGAAGAGCCCCGAUCUUGCUGAAAGGGCGCACCUCACGGUCGCCUCUGGGAUUCACACUCUUGCGAACAACUCUCUUGAUUAAGAACAACGAAACGUAAACAACAAGCUUACAAAACAAAAAUUUAAACAAAAAAACAAAACAAAAACAUACAAAACAAAACAAAACAAAUAACAUCAGCUUGGCUCUCACGUGUUUAAUCGACAUCUCGUCGCGUUACACGCGCGCCUAUUGCGUAUAAGUGGGUAAGUCAGUGUGCCAGGUCUCUCGUUCCUUAUAGCUGCGUCUAUAUGGUAAAAAGGAGGAGAGCCACUGUUACCAUACUACUAUACUACUCUCUGUUACUGCUGCAAUGAUAACGGAGUUGCAAAGUGCUCGAGAGCCAAACUAUAGACCCCGCGCGCGAUAGUUCACACGCACGCGUGCGGAUAUAGUUCAUUAAGUAUGUAACAUCUAACGCCAGUGACCCCGUCAGUUUCUCAUUUUCAUUCAAUUCUUUAUCUUUCUUUCCUCCGUAUAGCUCUCUCGGUCUCGAAGGGGACGAGGGUAGCGCGAGAAUUGCCGGGGGCCACUGCAGGUGGCUAAGGGCUAGAAUAUAACGUAAGAAUGUCGGGAGGAGCUCACGUGCUUCUUUCUUUUCUUUCUUUCCUUCUUUCUUCUGUCCGUAGUUAAAAUGUGUGUGUAUGUAAGUAAACGAGCUGGUUUGCGAGAAAACCACGAGGUUCGGACAUGUGCUGGUUCAACAUAUAGUUGUAGGAACUAACGAUCGAGCUGGCCACAAAAUCGUAGGGGACUCUUUGUUUUUUUUUUUUUUUUUUUUUUUUUUUCAAAUCGAUUAGUUACUCCAGGACACAUCUAGUUGAGAUUUCUUUCCUUUUUUUCAUUGUUGAUUUGAUUUUUUAUUCGCUGAUCGAAAUCAUUUUUGAAAAUUUUAAACGCACGUAUCUAAUUUAUUGAUGACAAGUAAACAUACCUAUUUAAUUGAACUAACCAACCAAAGAAUGUCCCAAACUCUUGUUGCUCUUUUUUAAUUUUACUCUGAAAAAUAAUAGUGAAUACACGUUACGCUGACUAAAUUCCAAAUCUCUAAGUACUAGGAUUAGUUUUUCGAAUUCUGGACUCUACCUGUACAUAUCAACGAUAGGAGGGCCUCUACGAUUUUGUGUCUACUCUAAGUUAUGCUCGAGGAUGGCUAUAGAUAGUGAAAAGUAGAGGGUAACAUCGUGACGGUAACUUGGGCUCGUUUAAAGUAUAAGUCGGAUUCGUAGGUGGGAAAGUUGAGAGUCGCGCGGCGGACAGUAACUGCGCGGUAAAUUUGACUCGCGAAAGUCGGGUGUUUCAAGCUCAUUGGUUUUAAAUUGGCCUGCGGAUAAAUAUAUUGUUGACGGACUUGCAUAAUAUUUGGCGAAGAGAUCCGCAGAAAAAUUUCAAAAUUUUAUGCUAUUCUUUUUUUCUUUUUUUUUAUGGAGCUCGUUGCUCAUAGCUGACGAGGACGACGUCGACAACAAUCGAUUUGUCGGUGAAAACGUAGUUUGCAUGACGCGUUCGUUAAAACUGCUGUCUUUUGGAUGACUAAAUCAUGAAUAUUUUUGUGUUAAAAACGAAUCACUGAUAAAUAGUAUAAUUGGAUUCAUAUAUUUUUUAUUUUAAGCUCAAGGAAAACACGCAUAUGUGAAUGUUAAAAUCAAUUGUCAAAAAUACUUUUUGUCCAUUUCAAUUUAAUGAUAAAACGAUGACUCUUAAAAUUUUCAUUUUUUUAUUUUAACUCAUAAGAAUUUGUGCUUGAUUUUUUUGACUGAUACUUUUCUUUAAAUAAAAAGUGCUCGUUUUUCUUUCAAGUAUCAAGACGCAGAUAUAAAGCGAACGCGCAGUUUUAAUUUCAACUGUUUUUUUUUUUUUUUUUUCGAUCACUUUAAAA